AUGGCCAUACCGUUAGAUCACGCAUCCGGAAGAACUUUGAAGGUACCAGCAUUUGACGGAGAGAUGUCCUGGAACGUUUAUAAAACCCAGUUCGAAGCAGCGGCAACUAGUAACUGUUGGAACGGAAAAGAACGAACAACAGCACUGAUACUGGCCCUGCGAGGUUCAGCAGCAGAGGUUCUUCAGACGAUUCCGGCGGAGAACCACUUCAACUAUGAAGUUUUGGUUAGCGCGUUGGAUUUACGUUAUGGUGAAGAACACAUGAAACAGAUUUAUCGGUCUCAGCUUAGAAACAGAACGCAACGAUCUGGUGAAUCCAUUCAGCAGCUGGCACAAGAUAUCGAACGGUUGACAUUGCUGUCGUAUCCGACAUCAGACCCCGAGCAUAGAGACGAAACUGCCCUGGAUACGUUUAUCAAAGCCCUUUGUGAUUCGGAACUCAAGCAAUCCCUUCUCUUGUCAGAUAAACGAAAACUCAAGGAUGCCGUUGCGCACAGUCUCACUUUAGAAUCGGCAAAGCAAGCAUCAAAAAGUGACGUACGUCUACGCCAAGUACAUGAAGAAUGCCCUUGCCAGAAGGUGGCUGUGAAACGCGAACCCCAACAGCAUGGUGUACCCCAAUGCUGGAUUUGUGAUGGCGCAAAAGAAGAGAAGAUGAUCCUGUAUCACGAUCGGCCCUUCGACAAAAUUAACGUUUCCAGACUACAUCGAAAUCAAAACGACCUAUGGCUGAACGGAAAAGUUGAUCAACGAGAAUGUGCAAUUACAGUCGACACCGGAGCAACAAAAUCGAUUUUAAGAUCUGGAUCUGACAGACGCAGAAACUGUAACAACAUGCAAGGCAGUGAAACAAAAUAA